UUUCAGUAAAGAAUCAAGAAUUUACGGGGGGAAUCCAGCGUCAAUACGUGAUUUUCCGCAUUUGGUGACUAUUCGAAAGUACCUGGAUCAUAAACUUAUUUGCGCGGGUUCUAUUAUCAGCCGCUGGAAUAUUCUCAGUGCAGCACAUUGUUUAAUUGGGUAUCAUUAUAAUUAUGAGGAACUAAGGGUUUUUACAGGAUCUACCAGCUCACGGAAUAUUUUUGGAGAUCGUUUUCGAAUUGAGCGUACAUACUUUCAUCCCGAAAUGCGCCGUCAGGAUGUACAUAGCGUAUACAUACAUGAUAUUGUUGUGAUUAAGCUGGAAAGACUAAUAUUAUUCAAUGAAUAUCAAAAUAAAAUUCCUCUACCAUCUCGACCUCCUUUUACUGAUAAUAUGGUUAUAAUUGCUGGUUGGGGAGUAACUGAGAAUGUCCAAGCAGGUGUUACAUCAACAUAUUUAAAAAAGUUGCCUGGAAGCGUUUUAAAUUAUACUGAUUGUAAUAAUUUUAUUCCACUUGUAAUAUCCAACAAUAAGUUUUGUACGUACCAUUCACUUGGAAAAGGAGUUUGCUCUGGUGAUGCUGGUGGCUCGGUUACUAGUAAUGGAGAAUUAUAUGGUAUUAUUUUAUUUUCCUUCGAUUGUGUUCAAGACGUACCAGAUAUACAUACUACAGUUUAUUAUUAUUUGGAUUUCAUAAGAACACAUAUGAUCGAAUAAUUUAUAUAAAA